AUGCCGUACUCGACACCUCCCAAGAAUGCGACCCUGAAAAUAGAGCCAUUUCAGCUACAAGUGCCUGAUGAAGAGAUCGAACAUUUCAAGCAACUCCUAAAGCUCUCUCGGCUUGCUCCUCAAACCUUCGAGAACAACCAACCAGAUACUGGCAAGUUUGGCGUUACUCACAAAUGGAUGACCGAGGCGAAGGAUCGUUGGCAGAAUCAGUACGACUGGCGGCAACGAGAAGCAUAUUUCAAUUCCUUUCCCAACUUCAAAACUUCAAUCAAGGAUGACAAAACUGGUUUCACUUUUGACAUUCAUUUUGCUGCACUCUUCUCUGAAAAGACUGACGCCGUCCCAAUAGUGUUUCUGCAUGGCUGGCCAGGAUCGUUUCUCGAAUUCUUGGGUGUGCUAGAAACUUUCAAGUCCAAAUACAAGUCCAGCGACUUACCUUAUCACAUCAUCGUGCCUAGUCUGCCAGGCUAUACACUGUCGUCUGGUCCACCUACAGAUCAGGACUUCAAAACGGACGACCUCGCGCGGAUUAUCGACAAGCUUAUGCAAGGCCUUGGUUUCGGCGAUAGUGGCUACGUCGCUCAAGGCGGUGAUAUUGGCGCAUACACCUGCCGUUGCCUAUCCCACUAUUCCAGCUGCAAAGCUAUCCAUCUGAACUUCUCUCUCAUGGAAAGGCCAAAGAAUUUGAACCAGGAUCUCACGGUCGAGGAAGUCGAACAGCGCGGUCUAAAAAGAGCCCGCGACUUUGGGUUGACUGGAUCGGCCUAUGCUCUUGAACAUGGCACUCGUCCAUCUACCAUCGGCUUCACUCUUGACUCCUCGCCCAUCGCCCUCCUCGCCUGGAUUGGUGAGAAAUUCAUCACUUGGACCGAUACUACACCGUCUCUUGAGCAGAUCCUUGACUCUAUAACCCUCUAUUGGUUCACGCAUUCUUUUCCACGCUGUAUAUAUCCCUACCGCGAGUUUCAUGGAUCGUCAGCAGGCGCAGUAUAUAUCCACAGUGAUCCGAAAUACCAUAUCAAGCAGCCUUUAGGGUAUUCUUGGUUCCCGCAGGAGUUGGCGCCGAUGCCAGUGAGCUGGGUAAAGACGACGGGGAAUCUGGUCUGGAGUAAGAGGCACGAUGCGGGAGGUCACUUUGCUGCAAUGGAGAAGCCGGAAGUAUUGGUUGAGGACGUGGAAAGUUUUGUGAAGCAGGUGUGGAAAGCCUCGGGCAGUAUCGCAUCCUCCUUAUAG